CCCGGGAAGGCGCCCGGAGCCGCCGUCGCAGCUGUGCCGGCGGGGGAAGGCUCCCCGCAGCCCGGGGGGUGCCCCCAGCGGGGCCGGGGGUGCGGGCGGGCGCCCCAACAUGGCCUUCACCAUGCUGCGCCCCGUGGCCGCCCGCGUGCUCUACCCCGACCUCAGCAUGCUCUCGGAGGACGAGGAGAACCGCAGCGAGAGCGACACGUCGGACCAGUCGUUCGGCUGCUGCGAGGGCGCCGAGGCUCGCCGCAAGCUGCCGCGGAAGCCGGGCCCCAUGGUGAUGGUGAAGCAGCGGCAGGCGGCGAACGCGCGGGAGCGGGACCGGACCCAGAGCGUCAACACGGCCUUCACCGCCCUGCGGACCCUCAUCCCCACCGAGCCCGUGGAUCGCAAGCUCUCCAAGAUCGAGACGCUCCGCCUGGCCUCCAGCUACAUCUCCCACCUGGCCAACGUGCUGCUGCUGGGCGAGGGCUGCGAGGACGGGCAGCCCUGCUUCAGUGCCAUCUAUGGCGCCAAGGGCGACCUGGACAGCAAACAGCCCCGCAGCAUCUGCACCUUCUGCCUCAGCAACCAGCGGAAAGGGGGCAGUCGGAGGGACCUCGGGGGCAACUGCCUGAAGGUGCGAGGGGUGACGCCCCUGCGAGUGUCGCGGAGAUGAGCCGGGCUCCGGCAGCGCCCACCUGACACAGCGGCGGAGGCAGACGGAGCCCGCGCACGCCAGCCCAGAGACCGCAGCGGGGAGGGAGGGAGCUGCUCACCUGAGGUGGCAGCGGCCGAGCCCAGGCUGGCCCCACACCGACACUGGCCCUGGAGCCGGCAGGGGGGCGGGAGGACGCUCCCGUGGCCGAGGCUGCCCACGCGGGGCAGGCCCGGGGAGGGGUCCCCGCGCCCCGGGGCUGGACUGGAAGGGGCCGGUGUGCGGCCGGCGUCGAGGC